GUGGGGGGGAGAAAGGUCGGCAAGAUGGAAGUUGUACACUAGAAUUGAUGAAGUGCAGGUCCAAUUGAAAAUAGAUGGCGAGGAGAAAAGAGGAGAGAGGAAUGAAGAAGAAGGAGAAGAAAGUGAUAGAGUUCAACAAGACUAGGCUUCGGACCCUGAUUUCAUUGAGGGUCUUCUAAGAUCAAGCGAGUACCAACCAGAUGAUGACUGGGGCUGGGUCUCUAGUCUAGAAAGGAUGGAAAAUACGCCAACUGCAGCAGCUUCGGACGGUGAUGCAAUAUCAAAAGGCCCUUCCCCAAUGUCUACCCCCUCGCGUAAGUACAAGAUGUUUCUGCUGCGGAAACAGCAGUUGCAGUGGUAGAAACGCCAGCCGCAAUCGCUACAGCAGCGGCAGCAGCAGAAAAAUAUUAUGAGGAUAAAAAACAGAAACACUCAUGUUGUCGAGACUUCCGCCCGUUGAUGAAACAGAAGCAGCAGAAAUAGCAGCGGCAACAGCGGCAGAACAAAAGAAUUAUGAGGAAAAAAAAAUAAGUAUUUAUAGAUAAGUAAACUAUAUAUAUUUACUGUGCAAGUAAGAAUAGGCAAGUAAUAUUGUUUUCUCUUUCUAGUAUUCGGUAUAGCGGAAACACUCGUAUUGUCGAGGCUGGCUGACACUGACACUAUGGAAGAAGAAAAAGAAACCUCAGGCAACUCAAAAGCAUCCGGGAGCCGAGGAAUCUCAAAGGACAAAGAAGAAGAAGAAGAAGAAGAAGAGCACCGGAAGGGAGGCAGACCAUACAUAAGAAAGAAAAAGAAGAAGAACAGCAGGUCUUACCAUGGAGAAGAUGGUUACUUUGAACAGGAUAAUAUGGAUGGUUACCAAGGCCGGAUAUGGGAAUGUGAGAGGUCAGAAUUGUCAAGAUUUGGAUCUGGAGAAGGAAUGAGAAGGAGCUUUAGUGAAGAAGGUAACAGGGAUCUCCACAGCCAUUGGGAAGGAGGAAGUAUUGGUGAUGGUGAUAAACUUUGCUACAGCGACGAAGAUCUCGAUAACAGUAUCUCUGUUGACGACAGUUGGUUUCAGACAAACAAAAAUGCGCCAGACUCUACUCCUGUAAUCAGCUUUGCAGAAAGUUGGGAGGCAUGGCUUAAACAAAGUGCCAACAGCAAAGAAGAUUGUGUUCCAUUUGAGUGGCUCUUGAAUGAUAACACAAGCAACGAUCAUAGCACAAUGUUUUACUCCCUGAAGUAUUGUGAUUCAUGUGAAAUUUAUUUCACCAAUAAUUACGAUUUCCAACAACAUUUAAAACUUUGCAGAAUUUAUCCAAUGUGCAAAGUUUGCAAAAGGUCCUUCAGUAACCGUGCAGACCUGCAUAGGCACAUCAGUGUCAGCCAACAUAAAGUUGUGGCCAAGGAAGACUGGAGGAGAGUGUCAAAGGCAGAGUAUAUUAGUCUGUGUAGAGAGGGCAGAGUUUUUACAAGUGAAUACCUUUCUGUGAAGCAGCAUCUGAAUAAUAGCGAAAAUAGGCAGAACAGUCAAGGGAAAGGGAAAGCAGUACUAAAGAGUCAAAACAACUCUUCCUCAUAUCAAUGUAGUACAUCUACAGCAUAUAACAGUCAAGCACAUAUUCUGCCAUUUCCAGAUGUCUUAGAAGAGGAGUUUGAAAAGAGUUCACAACAUACAAAAAAUUUUCCGCCCGAUGAAUGCAACAACAAUGGACCUAAUCAAACCGGAAAAGAAAACCUGACAACAAAAGGCCUUCAUACUCUAUUUUUUUGUCAGAUGUGUAAUACUUAUUUCAUAUAUCUAAAGACUUUUAAAAAGCAUAGAGGAAAAUGUACUGGGAAAAAUAUUUGCAAAGUUUGUUUCCAGAAUUUCAAGAAUUUCAAACUUCUCCUAAAUCAUAUAAGAAAAGAGAAACAUGCUGUACAACAAGAUACUGCCCAUAUAAAUGCAAGUCAUAAAACCUUUCAGAGACUCCUCAAGGCCAAGAGAAUUGCUCCAUGUGAUGUUUUAGAAUACCAAGCAAAUGCAAAGGAAAAUGUAACAAACCAAAAAUCUGGAAAUAAAGAAGUGGAAGGCACACUUUCCACAACACCAGUGGCUGAAGCAUGUGUGGAACAAACUUCUUUAGUAGAGAACAUGCCUAAGGAGAAGAUAGCCAAUGGCAAAUGUGAUGGAACAAUCAUACAUGAGAAAGAUAAUUCGUCCACGGAGAAAAGUAAGAUAGUAGGCAAGGAGUGUGCAUCAAAGGAUAGCAGUGUGAAUUUGCUAGGAGAGGAGCAAUUAAGCAAAACCAUGGUUAUAGAAAGAGAGACUUCCAGUGAAUUGGAAGACAACCUAAAAUUAGAGAAUGAAGUCAGCAUCAGCAAAGGGGAACUUCCUGUGACUCAAUAUGAAACAGUGAAUGAUCAUAUCAAGCAAAGCCCAGUGUCUCCUAGUGACAGUGGAUGUCAGAUGGAUGAUAUCUGCCAUGACAUUGAUAGCCCUUUUAUUGGCCUGGAUAUCAAGGAGGAGGUACUGGAAGAGAGUAUGAAUACCUCAUCACUCCAAGCUGUUGAUGAGAGAGAGAUGGGAAAAAAAGUAAAUGAUAGUACUAUAAAAGAAGAGAGAGAAACAUGUAUUACACUAACAGGUGAAAAACUAAAACGAAAAGAGAGUUACAAGCCCUUACCUAAAUCUGUAAAAAUAGCAAGGCUGGAACACAAAACGACUUCCCUCUCAAAGUAUCUAGAAGUGCAGAAACAUCCCGAGAGACCGGUCCGCUGUAUAAAGCUAAGACGAAGGACAGAAUAUUGCCCUGGUUGUAUGGAAUCGGUUGAUGCUAGAUCAGCCAUUCUGAAUACAGAAACCUUUGAAGUGUCAAUGUGGUGCAAGACUUGUGCUUGGAGUAUAUUCUUUACUGACUUCUUUCAUCCACAGUGAAAUCAACAACAUAAAAACUUAAUUUGGUAAAUUAUUUUGUAUCUCAUAAAAUUGCUCAAACUGUUUUUGGUUUUACAAUACAUUGCUAUUUUGGAGAAUAUGAUUGUUAUUUUUA